GUCGGUGUUGUUCUUCGCCCUCCCGGCGCCUCUCUCGUCGAAUGGAACCCCCUUGCUCCUCCACCGAACCUUCUCCCACCCAGUCUCUACACAAUCAUAUGAUCGCUCACCCAGACCCUAACGGCACUUCCACUGAUCUCCCUGCAACCAUCUCCCUGGUCCAAAACCUCACAGUACUCGCCGAAUCCUCUCUUAAAUCCAUUUACGAAUUUCUUUCUUCCACUCCCACCUCUUCCUCCUUUGCCUCUGCCUGCCUUGGUCGCUGCCCUUUCGACUCUCGCCACCUAAUGCCGCCUGAAUCCCUCUUUCGCCAUUCCCUCAGUUGCUCCUCGGCCCCUGGAUCGCCUCUUUUAGACCUAGGGUUCCUUGAUAACCUCCAAUACCCAAAAUCACUCAAGUCGGAGGACCAGCUCCUGAAGGAGAAUCUCUUUAUUCGGCCUCUUCCUGAAGCUGAAGCCGAUAUCUGCUUCUCUCUUGAAAGUGAGCUUGGAGAACUCUAUUCUAAUUUCUUCUAUAAGGACUGCCCUGGCGUCGUUACCACUCCUGAGCCGGACGCAACCAGCCGAACAUUUACGCUUCCUGCUAUUUUGGCUACCGAGUGCGCCAACUUUAUUAAUGACCGUUGCGAAGGAGGUGCAUAUUUGGUGCAGAAGGUCGGGAUUCUUCCAUCUGAUUUUUGGGCUUUGAGAUCUGAAGUUGAAGCGUGGAGCAAUUUUCCUGCAACAUAUUCGUUCACGGCUCUUCGUGUUGCAGUGGAUUUGCACAUGGCUGACGAGCUUAGUUUGAAAAGAUGGGCAAUUUUAAACUCGCCUAAAUUUGGGAUUUUGAUUGAUACGGCAAUGAGGGAUCACGUUGUCCUGCUUCUGAAGCUCUGCCUGAAAGCAGUAAGAACAGAAGCAGUUUGCUCUCUCAAGUCGGUUUUGGAGAAAAAAGGGUUUCUGGAUCCAAGGGUUGUUAGAUGUGAUUGCCCUCGACUGGUUGGCAGCUUAACAUGGCUGGCAUCUCAGAUUUCUGUUUUAUAUGGUGAAGUGAAUGGCAAAUUCUUUGUGAUGGGAAUGCUCAAGGAAUCCUUCCUAUGUACUGGAAGAUGUUUGAUGUUGUUUAGGAGGGAGGAGAAGAGUGUCAUUAGUGAUAAGAAUGUGAUGGCCGGUGGUUAUGAGUGUAGUGGUAUGGAUUGCAAAUUGGAACUGUCUAAACCUGCGGAAAACUUGGAGGUUAGACUCCACGAACCUUUUGAUAAUUCAAGCUGCGAAAAAGUAUUUGUUUCUCAAGUUGCGUCCGCAAUUGCUGCAUUUCAUGAGCGGUUCUUGUUGGAGCAAAGAGUCAAAGCACUGAGGUUUACCCAACCAGUGGCUAGAUUCAAACGGUUAAAUGAAUAUCUAUCUACAUCAAUGAGGGCAUCUCAGGAACGAGCAAAGCGUCCCAACUAUAGACCAUUAUUGGAGCAUGAUGGACUUCUUUGGCAGCGCACUAACAAUCAGGAUUUUGGCAAGUCCAAAACUAGGGAAGAAUUAUUGGCUGAGGAAAGAGAUUAUAAACGGAGAAGAAUGUCAUAUCGUGGAAAGAAGGUCAAGCGAAAUCCAAUUCAGGUUUUACAUGACAUUAUUGAAGAACACAUGGAGGAAAUCAAACUGGCAGGAGGUAUAGGUUGUAAUGUGAAAAUGGCUUCAGAAAGUGCUGUCGUCCCUAAAUUUGACUCUGAAAGAAAUAAGGGCCUUGAGUUGCAAUUCAGUUCAAAUGAUGCAUAUGAGACCAGAAUGAAGAAGCCUCUGCAUCGUGCAGGUAGUUUGGCAGAAAAAACUCAUGAAUAUGAUUCUUCUAUUGAUGGGUCAAGCAACAGCUGUCUAAGUAAAACUCAUCAUGAAACACGAUAUGAGCUCUACGAGGAUCAGAAUAAAUUUGAGAAAACCAAGCAAGAAACACUAAAAUAUAGGUCCGGAAGCCUAUCAUGUCGCAGUGGUUAUUCUCACUCAAGUGAGAGAAAUUCACAUAAGAUGGAUCGAAUAAAUUGGAGGCCAGCUCGAGAUAAGAAUGGCGGCAGAGGUUCCGAUUAUCCUUCUAGUUAUAAAGAUUACGAUAGUAGAUCAAAUUUGACUUCUAACUCUCAGGAGGCUACAAGAUAUGAGUACAAUUCUACGCUAGAAUCUAGAAAAAGAUAUGGCAGCAGAGAUUCUGAGAAGCAGUGGACAGAUUCCAGCAGACAUGAUAUGUUUGAAGACAGAUAUGAACCUUCUCGCUCAUAUGACAGUUCUGAUACUCUUUAUGAAGGGCCUUCUGGAGGAAGCCACUAUCUCAGACAUCAAAAGUUCCACAGCCUAAAAAAUGAUAAUGAGCAUCGUAAUGCACAGCAGAAGUCUAGCCCACACGUUUCAGGUCAUAAACAGUAUCAGUAAAAGUAAUAAAGCUGCAAAUCUCAUUGCCAUUGAAGUACCAUCUAAACCAGCUUCAGGAUAUUUUCUACAGCUGUAUCCUUAUAUGUAUCCUCCACUUUUAUUCUUCCUUCGGUUUAAGCACUUCUAUUAUGAAUUUUCCUUGUUUUUCACUAUAAAUGUGGAUGUUGAAUGUUUCUUUUGUUAUAUUUUAAUACUUUACAUGCUUUUCAACUGUUACAAAUUAAAUUUUGCUCUUGAACAAUGAUAUGCUGUAUGUUUGGAUUCCAAGUAUCAGCACUUAAUAAUUACUUUGAAUUAUUUUUAUGCCUGCAUGACCUUCUAUGGCAGAUUGAUUUUCUGCAGUUCUUGUGUUAGCAGAGUAUCCUAGGAAUAUUCAUAGUUCAUUUUAUGAACAUGUUAUAUUAAAAUAGAUGUUCUCCUUUAAAAGAAAAAAAGAAAAAAAGAAAAAAAAAAUUCAGUUUGUUAGACGCAAUUGCUUAAAAGCCUAGUUGUAACAUCCAACUAUACCCCUUAUCAGUAGUAUAAAGUGCCACAAAAUUAAAUAUAAUAUUUUCAGUCUUAACAAAUGAUACUUUUUAUUAUCUGAAUAUUUGUAUAAAACAUCCAUUAAUAUUUACAUUUAUUAUAAACGGAAGCAUCUAAUCAUUUCAAUUACAUCAAACAAAUAUGAUGAGGACAUCAGAGAUU